AUGACGACAGAAGAGUUUAUUAAGAAAAUUAUAGAUAAGAAGAAAGACCAAUUAUACAAGUUACAAAGAGAAAACGAUCUCAAAGAAAAGACAAAUAUGAUGCAUGAAGUGGCAAGAGGAAAAAAUAUUUCCAAGGACAUAAAUGGUAAUGAUCUUAAUGAUCUAAUGUAUGCCAUAAAAAGAAAUUUGGAAAUGUUUCGCAAACUGAAAAUUAAAGCUGAUGAAGAGGGUUCUACUUUGUAUGCCUCUCAACCAAUUUCUAGUGAUUCUCCAGUAGCGACUGUUCCUUUGGCUUCUCCAUCGAUAGUUUCUAGUGGAACUGACUGCGAGGGUCAAAGAUCUCCUCUAAUGGUCCCUGAAGUGGCUCAAAUAAUAGAAGAUAAAGGGGCUCCACUAAUAAUUCCUUCAUCUCCUUCUACUGAAAUGAUCCAACAAUAA